GUAGGCCUUUUAUACCGUUAUUUGUUUUCUGGUAGAAUAAUAAACAAAGAACAUUUUUAUUAUUGCGCUUUAUGGAACCAAAAUGGCGCUUCAAAAAUCACGAGCAGUAAACAGCUCACGUUAAAAAUCUGACUUCUUAUGACUGAUAAUUUAAAUAAAGAGAUAGUGAUUGUUCUGGCUGGUACAUUGUGUGGAAGUGUUGUUUAUCGAAGUUCCGAUUUGUGCGUGAGCUGCUAGGUGGCAUGUCAGAUAGCCCACCAGCAUCUGAGGUCAGGCAGCCAACUAAAUCAAAGAAAACUCGAAAGGAAUAAUAAAAUAUCAAAAUGAAUAUUCGGUGUGCGAGGCCUAGUGACUUGAUGAAUAUGCAGCACUGCAAUCUGCUGUGCCUGCCUGAGAACUAUCAGAUGAAGUACUACUUCUACCAUGGCUUGUCAUGGCCGCAACUCAGUUACGUUGCUGAGGAUGAGAAGGGACAUAUUGUUGGCUAUGUAUUAGCCAAAAUGGAAGAAGAUGGUGAGGACAACCGUCAUGGUCAUAUUACCUCCCUCGCUGUGAAAAGGUCACACCGACGUCUUGGACUCGCACAGAAACUUAUGAACCAAGCUUCACUUGCUAUGGUGGAGUGUUUUAAGGCUAAAUACGUAUCUCUGCACGUAAGGAAAAGCAACAGAGCAGCACUCAAUUUGUACACUAACAGUCUUGGUUUUAAAAUACUUGAGAUUGAGCCUAAAUAUUAUGCUGAUGGUGAAGACGCCUACUCCAUGAUGCGAGACCUCAGUGCUUUUGCUGCAGAAAACAAGACGGAGCCUCAACCGACAGAAAAUUUGGAAAUAAAGUCAGAAUCUGCAAUUAUAUCACAGUGCUGAUUAAUACAUAUGUAAAUAAAGCAUUUAACUAAUUUUA